CUUUAUCCCGUCGAGAUCGAGAUGCCGUAAAUUACACAUCUAGAUCCAUGUAACGACAGUAUCAUGGCGACGAUGCUCGGCCGUUCGCCGAUGACAGGCAAUAACCGACUGUGGAGUGGUCGGUAACGGGUCGGCAACGGAUUUCACCUGGUUGGGAAGCCCCGCACGAGGGGCAGUGAAGCCAUCGCAAGGAAAGCCGGGGAAAGACUGGAAAGAGAUACAUAACAGUAAUAAUGUAAGCAGCAGCUCGAUCAUCGCGCAUUGGAACGCGAGGACGGAUUUAUAAUAUUAGACACAAUCCUUCUACCAAUUCCCCUGGACGUGAUUGAGCUAUUCGCAUAUCACGCAGUCGAUAGAUACAGAUCUAGUUGCGAAACCUGCCACAGAAUCACAAUGACAGACAGCGUUGCUUCCCUUUUCUCCCUGACCGGCCAGACGGCCGUCGUCACUGGUGGCACAAGAGGCAUUGGACAGGCUAUGACCAUUGCUCUUGCAGAGGCUGGUGCCGAUAUUGUGCUGAUCCAGAGAGACGAGUCCAACACAGCAACGCGCGAUGAAAUCAUCAACCGCAUCGGCCGGAACGCUUCGAUUCACGUUGCAGAACUAUCCAACCGGGAGGCAGUCAAGAAUAUCAUUCCGGCAUUAACAAGCCAAGGUAUCAAGCCUCAGAUCCUUCUGAACUGCGCUGGGAUCCAGAGGAGACAUCCUAGUGAGAAGUUCCCGGAUGAGGAUUGGGAUGAGGUCAUUCAAGUCAACCUGAGCUCCGUUUUUACCCUCUGCCGUGAAUUCGGCGCCCACCUACUGUCCCUCGAUGCCUCCGAAUUCUCUAACGGCCACCGCGGCUCUAUAAUCAACGUCGCAUCUCUUCUCACCUUCCAGGGAGGAUUCACCGUCCCCGCCUACGCCGCCUCCAAGGGAGGUGUUGCUCAAUUGACCAAGGCUCUGUCGAACGAAUGGGCAUCCAAGGGUAUCAACGUUAACGCGAUUGCUCCCGGGUAUAUCGCCACAGAUAUGAACGUCGCUCUUAUCAACGACUCAAACCGCAAUGUAGGCAUCAUGGCCCGGAUUCCGGCUGGGCGAUGGGGAGCGCCGGAAGACUUUAAGGGCGUGAUUGUGUUUUUGGCAAGUCGGGCCAGCGGUUAUGUUUCAGGUGAAGUGAUUACUGUCGACGGAGGCUGGAUGGGUCGGUAAGCAGCCUUAUGGAUCCAUAGGGGACUGCGAUGAAUCAAUGUAAAUAGACCACUGUGAUUAUUAUUCUCUUGAAUCUGAUUGAUUAAACCGUCUCGAUGCAGCGUAUGGGAGUUCCUGUCGAAUCAAUCAAGCAAUCUAGACUGUCUGCAAUAUAGUCAUGCCACAUAUUCCUCGUCCAGACGCAAGCAAUCAAUCCGAAAUGCUUUCAUUCCGAGUGUCUCAGCUGCCUAUUAUCAUUCCGUCGAUUAGAUUGGCAUGAGAGGAACCAUCACCCUCAAUUUCGCAUUGGAUACCAGGC